CACCCCGCCCCCCUCCCAGAGGUGUGCCUCGGUUUCCCCACUGGGAUAGGGCGGGCGGGGGGGGGGGGAGGUGCAGCAGUGACUUCUCCACUGUCUCCUCUUGGGGUUCAGCUGGGUGACACCACCCCCCCCCCACUCCAGAACCAGCGGCACCACGUGUGCCUCAAUUUCCCUGAGCGGGAUGGUGGCUUCUCUGCUGUCUGAUAUUGGGGUUCAGCCGGCUCGUACCCCCGCAAGGAGCCACACACACACACACACACACACACAGCGGCGUGCCUCAGUUUCCCCACCAGGAAAAGGCGCGCGGGGUUCCUGCAGCACCCAGCCCAACCCUGGGGGCACAGUCCACUUGGCUUCACCCAUCGCCCGCGGCGCCGGGGCUGAACCCCGGGGGGGAGGAGGAGGAGGAGGAGGAGGAGGAAGGAGCCAGCGGGUGCCGGGGAUGAAGGCAGCGUGCCGCGGCGAGACCCCUGAGCUCACCCGCCGCGCCGGAUCCGCCGGCGCCCACUGCCACCCAUGUGGGUGCUGGGGGUGCUGGGGCUGGUGCUGAGCUGCUGGGAGACAGGCGCCUUCGUGGUGCACGUGGCCAGCUCCUGCCCGCUGGCGGCCAACGGCUCCGUGCUGGCCUUCACCUUCACCCUCGUCUUCAACAAGAACCCGCUGGUCUGCUACGACCCCGACGCCCGGCGCUUCGACCCCUGCGAUUUCGGGGUGCUCCGCCGCGCCGCCGCGCUGGUGGCCGCCGCCCUCAACAACGGCACCGCCUGGGUGCAGCGCGCCGAAGCCCGGCGCCGGGCCUGCAGCCAGCUGGUCCCCCGCGUUUGGGCCUCCGCGGCGCUGCGGCGGGCGCCGCCCCAAAUCCGCAUCAUCCCCGUCCCCCUCCCCGCCACCCCCGACGCCCUCCGCCUCACCUGCCACGUCUGGGGCUUCUACCCCCGCGAGGUGACCGUCCUCUGGCUGCGCAACGGGGACCCGGUGGCCGCGGGGGCCACCGCCAAGCUCCUGCCCGCCGGCGACUGGACCUACCAGACGCAGGUGACCCUGACGGUCACCACCUCCAAGCCUGGGGACACCUUCACGUGCUCGGUGCACCACGCCAGCCUGGACCGGCCCCUGCGGGAGGACUGGGGUCCCGGUUUGUCCCCGGGGUUGACGGUGAAGGUGGCGGUGGCGGCGGCGAUAAUGACCUUGGGGCUGGUGGUCUUCGCCUUUGGCACCUUCAGCUACUGCCGCCAGGCUCCGGGUGAGGGGCAGGCACGGGGACACACGGGUGUGGCACGUGGGGACACCGGGGGGGGGGACACGGCACCGACCGGAGUUUGUCUUCUUAUAGGUCCUGGUCCUGGUCCUGGUCCUGGAUCUGGUCCUGGAUCUGGUCCUGGUCCUGGUCCUGGUCCUGGUCCUGGUCCUGGAUCUGGAUCCAGUCCCAGUCCUCGUUCUGGGUCUGGUCUUGGUCCUGGUCCUGGUUCUGGUCCUGGUUUCAGUCCUGGUCUUGGGUCUGGUCUUGGUCUUAGUUUUGGUCCUGGUCCUGGUCCUGGAUCCGGUCUCAAUCCCAGUCCUGGUCCUGGGUCUGGUCCUGGUCCUGGUCCUGGUCCUGGAUCUGGAUCCAGUCCCAGUCCUCGUUCUGGGUCUGGUCUUGGUCCUGGUCUUGGUCCUGGAUCCGGUCUCAAUCCCGGUCCUGGUCCCAGCCCUGGAUCUGGGUCUGGUCCUGGUCCCAGUCCUGGAUCUGGGUCUGGUCUCGGUCCCAGUCCCGGUCCUGGUCCCCGCCCUGGUGCCCCCACAGCCAUGCGUGACCACGCAGUGACCAAACUCUGAGGUCGUGUCCGUCCUCCCCCCCCCCCCCCCCCAAAUAAACCCAUUUGCACCCCCCAUCCCUGAGCAGCUUU